AUGGCCAAGGACAACAAGAACAUGGCCCAGAGUCCGCGGGGGGUCGUCGAACCCAUCGAGAACUAUGGUUCUGACGCUGAGCAUCCCAAGGACACACCAGACAAAGAUACACAUGCUGUGACCGAAAAGGAUGGCAAAGCUGAAGGCGCCCUGCACUUUGUCACAAAGCGCGACAUUGACGAUACGACGCUGUGGUACAACCAGCACAAGCCAUCUGCCCGUACCCUCGAUCCUCACCAAGUCAAAAAGAUGAAGCGCAAGAACUUUUGGUUCCUGUUGAUGCAGACGUGGUGGGUCGCCUUUUUGAUUCAUCUCGACAAGUCGACGCUCUCUCAGGCCAGUACCAUGGGCAUAUUCGAAGAUGUCCACAUCAAAAAGGACGAGUUCAACCACCUAUUUGUCAUCUUCUUUGCCGGGUAUCUGAUUGCGCUCUGGCCCGGCGCUGCUCUUGCACAGCGUAUUGGUCAGAAGCAUUUCAUUGUUGGCUCGCUGGCUAUCUGGGCUCUGCUUCUGGGGAUGCAUCCGCUUGCCAAGAAUUACUCGCAUUUGAUCGCGCUUCGAUUUCUUCUUGGCAUGGCCGAGUCCCAGAUUGUCCCGUCGACGACAGUCUUACAUCAAGCCUUCUUCGCACCCAAGCAGAGCCCUUGGGUACAGCUGCUGUGGUGGGCAUCGGGCAGUUUUGCCAAUGUCCUCCUCACCAUGGUCUCGUACAGGCUCAUCGUCGACGACAACCAUCAUGCUCUUGCUGGAAAUCUGAGUUCGUGGAAGUGGAUGCACAUCAUAUGUGUCAUCCUGACCUCUAUUGUCGUCAUUCCCCUGGCCAUCUUCCUGCCCAACUCUCCCGUCGAUGCUAAAUGGUUGACGGUGGAUGAAAAGAUACAUACAAUUGAUACAAUUCGUGCCACUCAUGCUGGUAUCAGCAACAAGACGUUCAAGUGGUCGCAGGUUCGCGAGUGCUUUACCGAUCCCAAGAGCUGGCUCUUUAUUUUGCACAUGUUCUUCAAUGAGCUGCCCAACAAUACUUCACAGCAGCUUCCACUUAUUCUUGUUGGAUUCGGCUUCACGCCCGCGCAGAGCGCCCUGUUCAACAUUGCCAAGCCUCUGUGGGGUUCAUUUCUGAUUCUCGUGUCGGCGGCGAUGCUAUACUUGACGGAUCUGGGCGUGGGCUAUACCUGUGCCAUUUCAUACAUUCCCUGUUUCGUUGGAGGCUUGAUCAUGCUGACUGCGCCAUGGUCCAACAAGAUUGCACUGGUGGUGGGUACGCAGAUUUCGACCUUUAAGCCGUCGUACCUGUUGGGUCUCUCGUGGGCCGGCACGACUACCAUUGGCUACACAAAGAAGCUCUAUGUUAUGUCGACCUGUAUUGUCGCCGCUUCGGUGGCCAACAUGAUCUCACCCGAAUUUUGGCAGUCCAAGUACAAGCCGCGCUACAUUCUGCCUUGGGGGUUUAUGACGGCUUUCUGGUUCAUUUCUCCCAUCAUGUGUCUCAUUAUUCGCUUCUACCUGCAGCGUGAGAACAAGAAGCGUGCUGAUAUUCUUGCCAAGCGGGGCAGCGACAGCGACAACGACGUUCUUGAAAUUGGCAGUGAGAUUAUGCAUCUGAAAGACGAGGAUCUCGACUUGACGGACCGUCAGAAUCUGCGUUUCGUAUACCCGCUGUAG